CUCGGGCGCGUUUUGAAAGCCGGACUCCUUUUGCUGCUGCAAGUGUUUGUUUACUUCCGCUUUAUUGUGCCGUUUGGACAGUAGCUUUGAAAUGCAGCAGCGGGAGGAGAAGCAGCUGGAGGCGUCUCUAGAGUCUCUGCUCGCUCGCGUGGCUCAUCUCAAAGGUUCCCUGCAGAGCUUUAUAUUGAAACUGGAAAACGAGCAUGACAGACUCACAUGGCCCUCAGUGCUGGAUAAUUUCGCCCUUCUGUCCGGGCAGCUGAACACCAUCAAUAAGGUGUUAAAAAACGAGAAGACCCCAUCCUACAGGUCCCAGGUCAUCAUCCCCCUGCUGCUGUCUCCUGAUCGAGAUGAAGAGCUGGUGAAACUAACAGAGCAGCGGGUGCCUGUGUUCAGCCAUGAGAUUGUGCCAGAUCAUCUCAGGACCAAACCUGACCCGGAGGUGGAGGAACAGGAGAAACACCUGAGCGCCGAAGCGGCCCGGAUCGGACCUGAAGUAGCUCAGGUAAACAAACACACAAGCCUUCUUUACCUGACUUAA